CGGGAAACACGCGAGAGCCUCUCCCACCGCCCCGCCCCCAGCCCCGCCGCUCCCAGCUCCUCGGACUCCGUGCGUCCUCGGGGAUCGUCUCCGAGGGGCCCCGCGCAGCGCAGACACCAUGGAGGUGGUGCUGAUCUUUCUAGGCAGCCUGCUGGCUCCCACCGUCCUGGCCAGUGCUGAGCAGGAGAAGGAAAAGGACCCUUUUCAUUAUGACUACCAGACGCUGCGGAUCGGGGGACUGGUGUUUGCAGUGGUGCUCUUCUCUGUGGGGAUUCUCCUUAUCCUGAGUCGCAGAUGCAAGUGCAGUUUCAAUCAGAAGCCCCGGGCUCCCGGGGAUGAGGAGGCCCAGGUGGAGAACCUCAUCACUGCAAAUGCCACGGAGCCCCAGAAAGCGGAGAACUGAGGCGCAGCCCGCAGGUGGGAAGAACCUGAAAGGAGCUGCUUGAACCUUUAGACGCAGAUGUUGAUGCUUCAGAACCGGCCACUUGGGCAGCAGAUCCUUCCCCGGGAGAAGCCAAGAAUGUGUGUGUGUCCCCUGCCCUUCCCCGACCCCGGGAGCACCAUCCUCGACUCACGACACUCCAGCCCGCCUCUCCCGCCCGCCGCCCGCCGUCUCGCCCACCUCCUGUGACAUGUCUGCGUGUUUGAUGACUCCGUGGCUGCUUGUUUGUGGGUGGUGUUGUGUUUUAGUGACCCUGAUUUGCUCUCCUGGGCGGGUGCUGAGCCUCGCCACCAUCCGCCCCUCCCUGCCCCCCUGCGCCCUCACCCACAUCAUCUCCCACUCCUGGGGUGCGCUUUUCCCCCGAGAGACCAUCCCUUCUCUUGAUCCGGGGGUGGGUGUAGGGCGAGGGGGGUGUGGGUGGGGGGUCUCCAGUUGCCUCGGGACUCGGGAGGGUUUACAUCACCUUCGUGAUCGUUCUUCUUGGCCUCUCUUCACUUCAUUUACAAGAACCUCGCUUCUGUAUUCUAGUCCUGCCCCAGGUCUGCUCGGAGGGUCUCUGGGCAAUUGGAGGUUGGUGGCAAGGAGCUGGCGAGCCCGGCUUUGCCUCCGGGCAGGCUGUGCCCCUUCCCCGCUCCUCUUCCUCCUGGGGCUUCUACCCCGGAGUCCCCGUCCGCCCUGCAGCAUCGCAGAGCAGCCCGGGCCCAGGGCCCAGGGCUUCGACUCUGCCCCUGGGGAAUGUGCCCCCUGCAUAUCUUCUCAGCAAUAACCCCACGGGCUCUGAGCUCUGCUCCGCGCUCCUCCCUUCCCUCCUUCUGAGACUCCCAGCUGCAGCCCAGCUCUGCUGGACGGACUCCUGUCCCUGAAUGAGGUCUCUGGCAGGCAGUGGCUGGGGGGUCUGCUCUGGUGGGGCCAGCAAAGUGGCGGGGAGACUCUGCCAUGACCCACUGGUCAGGCAGCGGCGAUGGCUCCCAGGCCCUCUGCUCCCCCUGUUGCUGGUUAGAGCAGCAGGUGCAGCGGCUAGAAGGCAGGUUAGAGACCCCUCAAGGGCAGGUCGGCACAGCCCUGCUGCAGAGAGAACUGCAAGAGGUCGAAGGUCACCCAGAAGGGGACAUCCAAGCAGACCCCGCCCCUCCCAUCCAUCGUGUUCUUGGAAUCUAACCAGACGUGCCCCUGUGACGGGCCCUCGCUGUCCUCCGUGUUGUGAUCUAUCCUCUCCACGACAAAAAGGAAUAAAACACCAUUUGUUUCCUAGUG